AUAAAGGCCUCCUGACUUCAACUCACGCCUCACUUUUGUUGAACGUGGCCGAUCUGGUGUCUUGUCCUACCUGGACUCGUUGCUGCCCAACCCGCUCCGCUCAUUUUUCACCCACUCCCCGCGAAUUCAAACACACGGUCCGGCUCACAACAAAUCGCCAGUAAUAAACAGCCACGAAACAGAGAUGGUCUCCUUCCAGUGUGAGGGAUGCGGAGACACCUUGACCAAGAAGAAGCUCGAUGGCCAUCGCAACCAAUGUCGAGGAGCGCCGUUUACGUGCAUUGACUGCAUGACGACUUUUCAAGGCACAAGUUACAGGGCGCAUACGUCUUGCAUUUCCGAAGACCAGAAGUACCAGGGCGCAUUGUACCGCGAAAAGCCUUCGAAAGCCGCCAAAAGAAAAUCCGUGUCGAUUGUCGAGCCCGACAACAGCAAGGCGUUGGUCCCGCGCGCGGCAUACGUUGAAGACGCGCCCGAUGUCGAGACCCCUCCUCAUGUUCCUACCCCUCCACCCGCUGUGCCGGACUCGAAUCGCGACAGUGUCUUCGACUACAUGGUGGAUGACAGUACGGCAGGAACACCACAGAUCAGCUUUGCGAAGGACAAGGGCGAAAUGUCCAUGAAGAGCAGUGCGCCCUCGAUUUUCACCAACAGUCGGCCUUCGAGCCAGAAUGGCCAUAGAGACGAGGAGGGUCUUCACAAUCAAGAGUACGAGGAGCAAGGAUACACAUGGGGAGUAGAGCCAGUCAAGCCGCGCGGAGCGUUGGACAUGAAUGGUAGCGCGCUGUCGCUCGAGUUUAUGACUCCCGCGGCCAAACAGACUAAGUCGAGACUGGAGAAGACCCGACCUCGUGCACACAGCCGGACCGAGAGUAGCGAGAAGAAACGCAAACGGGCGACAGACGAUCAACACCACGACUCAGAUCGAGAUAUGUUGGUCGUGGAUACCUCCAGGCCAGACACUCCGGGCAUCGUGCACUCUGGACUCACGGGAGGCUUGAGUCGCAUGAUCACAGAGGACGAAUACCCAUUCCAUCGCGAGCCAGACACGGUUGACAGGAGGUUAGUGGUUGAGAAGGACCGCCACAGUCGACGCACCCACAAACCUGAAGACCCAACUUCGCCCUUGAAGCGCACUCGACAUACCAAAGACGACCCCAACGGCCUAGGCAUCUCCAUCAAAGGUCGAGCCGUUAAGGCGCUCUCCAUGGUCGGCGGCGCUCUGCUUCCAGGGAGCCAAUUCGAGGCUCAACAAGCCAACACCCGUGUACGGCGAAGAGCGAGCUCCUCGGACCACGGUCAAAGCCUUUCUCGCGUCCGCGAGGGAGAGAAGCGCGAGAGGAAGAAACACAAGGUUCAUCGACACAACGGCACAGCAUCGGCGAACAUUCGUCACGAGCACCGAUCUCGGCGUCGCGGAAAUAGUGAUGAUUCUUCACAGAAUGAAGGCACGUCAAGGAAAUUCAAAGCCAUUGAAUACCGCAAACACGAUGACUCGGCUUCAGACUCGGAUGACGGCGGCAAGCGGCGAGGCGUCGACAAAGCCAUGGUCGUCUUUGGUGAAGAGCAGAGAAUGAGGCAUUCAUGCCAGAAUUUCCUUGCCAAUGCCCCGGGCUUGGAGUCGGACAAAGGCUACUCGAUUCAUAAGAUGCUCAAACGCUGGCACAAACAGAACGAUGUGAGGAGCACGUCGUCCAAAGCAGACGAGGAGAGUGAGUUGUGGAGGGCGUUGCGCAUCAAGAGGAAUGAAAGGGGCGAGUAUGUCCUCGUAUUCUGAUGUGCUUGCUAUUCAUACAAAUGGCUCCCAUGCGAGGGAGGUUUUCAUUUUCGGCUUUUGUUUUAACAAUUGAUACCAUGGAGCGUUCUACACUACGCUGGAUGCUUUGAACAUUGGGUCUUCUAUGGCACACAGCAGGCAUGUUAGUGGACUAAUACAUGUAUACCAUAGACAUGGGAGGGAAGAACGCAUGAGCG